UGCCGGAUGUUGUAAUCAUUUAUUUUUAUCCAUGGGAUUUUCCGAUUUCAAGGGGUUGUGCAAUACCUGUGAUAUUUAUACUCUCAAGAAGUAAAAUACGCAUUAUAUGCAUUUUAUCUGCGGAGGUUAGACCUGUUUUAUAAUCAUGUCCUCUGAAGCUUUUAUUCCUGACUAUGAAGAAGAGAUGGAGUGUGAUCGUUCAGAGAUCGUGAAGCCAGCACAAGAAUCACAAGACAGAUACACGUCCAUACACAGUUCUGGAUUUCGAGAUUUUCUUCUGAGGCCAGAACUCCUGAGAGCCAUCAAAGACCGAGGUUACGAACACCCGUCUCAAGUGCAACACGAAUGUAUACCUCAAGCCAUCCUGUCAAUGGACGUUCUGUGUCAGGCAAAAUCAGGAAUGGGGAAGACAGCUGUUUUUGUCCUCUCAACGCUCCAGCAAAUCAAAGAGUCGUGUGACAAUGUUUUAGUACUAGCCAUUGCACACACAAGGGAACUUGCCUACCAGAUUGCCGAUGAAUACCAAACCUUUUCCAAGUUCAUGCCAGAGAUAAAAGUUGCGGUGUUUUUUGGCGGUCUUUCCAUUAAGAAGGACGAAGAGGUCCUGGCCAGGAAGCAGCCGACCGUUGUCGUGGGAACCCCUGGUCGUCUGCUUGCUCUGGUGCAGAAACAGAAACUUAAUCUUGACAAACUCCGUUAUUUCAUUGUCGACGAGUGUGACCAAGUCCUCAAGGAACAUGGGAUGAGGAAAGACGUGCAGGCCAUCUUCAUGAAAUCGCCCUGUGACAAACAAGUAUUGAUGUUCAGUGCCACACUCAACAAGGACCUCAGAACUGUGUGCAGGCGAUUUAUGAAUGACCCAGUAGAAGUUACCAUUGACGACGAAUCAAACCUUACACUCCACGGACUACAGCAAUAUUACCUUACAAUGGAAGAAAAUGAAAAGACCAGAAAACUUUGUGAUUUGUUAGACCUGCUUGAAUUCAACCAGGUUAUCAUCUUCGUGAGUACUGUCGUCAGAUGUCAGACUUUAGCUGAGGUUCUACAGAGUCAGAAUUUCCCCGUCCUGACCAUUCACAGAGCUAUGGAACAAACUGAAAGACUGGCACGGUAUCAACAGUUCAAAGAUUUUCAAAAGAGAAUACUUGUGGCUACAAACUUAUUUGGCCGUGGAAUGGACAUUGAACGAGUUAAUAUCGUCAUCAAUUACGACACACCAGAAGAUUCGGACUCGUACCUCCACAGGGUGGGUCGAGCAGGCCGAUUUGGAACAAAAGGACUGGCCAUAACAUUUGUAUCUGGUCCUUCAGAUGCUACAGUGAUGAAUUCGGUACAAAGCCGAUUUUCUGUAGGAAUUGAGAAGAUGCCAGAGGAGAUCGACAUUUCUUCGUAUUUGAACGACACAGCAUGAAAUGCGCCGAGGCAUUAUUUGAAGAACUGUGUCUGUGGAAUUAUUUUCUACUUGGAAGAAGUCGGUUAAAGUUUGUGAAAUACGAAAGUGACACAAAACAUUGUAUAUAUAUGUCAGAUUUAUAAAGACGUGUACAUGUACUUAUAAAUAUAUUUAAUAGAUAUAUACCUAUAUUGUCAAUGUAGUAAUGAAUGCUAUUUUUGGCAUUAAUAUUUGGUAGAACUGUUGUACAUUUGUACCAUUAAUAAUCACUGAAAUGGCACAAUAUGUUUAUGUAAAUAAAUCAUCUCUAUUCGUC